CCAACCUCCCUGGGACCCCUAGGACAUGAUCAGAGCUUCACGAAAUAUCCUUCCAAGGAAUAUUCCAUAACUUAACGAAUGCUUGAACGAUCCUGUUAUAUUCAAUCACCAUCCAAUUACCUUCCACGCUUCCUCUAUUGGUUAGUGCCGCACCUUAGAGCACCGCAGACGCGACCAAUUGCCCCACGCAUUAUUGUCAACACAACACCACUUAGGACACAGCACGUCAUCAAAUCGUGACCCUCCAACUACACAACUACAUACUACAACACUUCCGUUGACGGAGCUGCUAUUCUAAUUGCCUCAAACCCUUCACUAUACUUCAAUUACCUAGCUCCAUGAAUGCGUGCUGUUGUCGUUGAUAUUCGCCGUAUCUAAUCUUUACAGCUGCCCGCCAUGGCUCAUGCCUGGUUGGACUCACUCUCUGAGGACUGGGUGUCCCAGCCCAGAUCCGACACUUCACAGGUCCAAUUGCCCGCUACGCCGAGUGCACGGCCAAGUACGAGUCGCAAAAGCCCGCGCGGCGCCCUGAGUCGCAUACCAAGAUAUAAUCCUGGGAGUUCCUCAGCAAAGAAACCGCAGCAACUUGCGCAUGACAGUAGCGCCAUUAAUGUCUUAAGCGAGCGAAGCACAAACGAUAUUAACAUCCGGGGAUCGCAACGUGGUUCCUCAAAAUCUUCACAAGAGACUAAGGCCUCUCCAAGGGAACGACGUUAUAUUAGUCGAUCGGCAUCUGCUUCUACUACCGCAUCUGUCGUCCAUAAUACCGUCCAACAUAAGAAAUCCCAGAGUACCUCCGCACCUUCUAAAGGUAGAGAUAGUAUACCGGAAUGGAAGAAACGAUUAGUCUAUGGGGAGCUGAAUUAUGGAGAAUCAAAAGAUCUGUUUAGCUCAGCCGGAACGGGUUUGGAAAACAUCUUUCGACCGCCAAUGGCAGCAGAAUCUACUGGAGACGAGACAACGACGAAUGAAGGUGCCAACGAUAUGACACUACCAUCCAGCCCUCCGCCUUAUUCAAGAUCCAAGCAGCAUCAAGAGCAAGAGCGCGAAGAUGAAACCUUCGAGGAAUCUGCCAAUGACUCUCAGAUUCGGCAUUCACCUCCACCUCCUAAGAAGAUAGUGUUUCGAAGGACAGACGAGGACGCUCAGGAGUCAAGCAGAUAUGGCCAGUCUACGUUGGAUGAGAGUUAUGAUGGACAAGACGAAAGGACAAAUGAGCCUGAAGAAGAGUCUAGUAUCCCCCUUAGUCCUAACAACCGGUUUGAUGAAUCGCGUAAAGUUAGUGGGCAAAGCGUGAUCAAGAACGAGGACCUUAGCCCAAUUCUGAUAACGCGCCUCACUAAAGACGGAACAGUGAGCUUUGCCCCGGCCGAACUUCCCGCGGAACAAUUACGGAUUCGCCUUGAGACGCUUAGGAGAAACCAGAUGGUGUUGGACUCGGAGGAACCUAGUAGCUUUCUUGAGCUAGAACCGGUCCCUGUUACCAACGAGAGCCAGAAAAUCGAUACAACUGAUGAAUUUGUCAAGAAUGGCGGCUUUCUGAAUGUUCAACGAGGUGGACGUUCGGGAGAAGGAUCUUUUCGUCGACGUCCUCUCAGCCCUCCUCUGAACCUUGACACUUCAGAUAUGCUUCCAGAGUCAUCCCUCCAAGCCAGCACCCCGAAGCAGUUCCCAAGCGUCAGGCUAGAGCGUAUUGCGUCAGGCAGCUGGCGCGGAAAUUCGGGAUCUCCUGAUAUACCCCGCGCACCAUUCCCCAGCCCCGAGAAGCGACUCGAACCUCCUUCGGGCCAGAGCGGUAGCCCUCUAAAGUUAUUUGGACCAUAUGACACAUUCACCAAUCAAACUCUUCUCCGACGCAUAAGCCAGUUUGAGGACCAACUGACCGAGAGCCCUUCACGUUCGAAUAUAGACAAUACUGCCGCUUUACCAACACAAGAAUCACCUUCUAAAUCCGACGUGAACAAAGGGUUUGUGGCCGAGUCUAGUCCAAAGAAAACAGCGCAUUUUAGUUCCAACUAUCCUGACAACAUCGACGACAUUAGCACUUUCGGGGCAGGAGAACUGGAUGGCUACGAGUUCAGCGAAGACAUUACCCAGAACUCAAUUUCUCAAUCGCAACUAACCAACAAGGAGAAUGUGAUGCCUGCAGACGACUCGUUGCCACCGAGUCAGUUUGUCAAGUUUCAGCUUCAUGAGGAUUUAUCUUCGGAGGGAGUAUCCCUUCUCGUCCCGCGACGACGUCACAAACUACAGAUCAACGGUUUCCCUCCGCGACGCUUCAUGGGAUUAUCUAGAGUUCCCAAUACUUCUGGACCCCAGAGCUCUUCGCAUCCGAUCGGACCCAGUGGCGUUGUUGAGGCAACACCAAAGAGGGAUGGCUCUGAUGGGAAGAGGCCGCGGACCUCGCCAUCUAAAGAUCCUACUCCGAAAAGGAGAAGGACGCUUCACCGAUCGGAUAUUGCAUACGGAUUGGAAGACCAGUUCGUGGCGAUUGAUACCGUACAAUCUUCACAUCGAACUAUGCAGUCAGUUAUCGGGAAGAAGCGACCAGCCUCCGGUGAAUCUGACUUGCAACAAACCGCGAGCCCGAAUAUUUUGGCAACAAGACCAAUUCUCCGACCUCGAUCACCAACUCCUGGUCAGAGAUCAUCGGUAGCGCACGAGCAGCAGUCACUCGACGACCUUAGUUAUAAUUCGGGUCAUCAAAAUAGCACGUCGGAAACGAGUGCUCAAGGGUAUGCUGUGAAUGGAUCGGGUAGGACCUCCUUGAAGACGCAGGACUACUACGAUGUUGCAGAGGAAAUUAUGACUAUGAUUCGUAAUAAGGCACGGCCUAGGAAUGAUCUAAGCAGCGUAGAAGAAUCUGAGGCUGAGAGUGGCGAGCAACAGCACAGCUCGCUUGCAUAUGGCGGAGACGAGAGCUCGUUCCAGUCUACGAAAGAGCCAUUUUCACGACCACCCAGUCGGGAAGGACCUCCUCUUUUUAGAGCGCCAACACGCCAGGAAGAUCCAGAGCUUAUCAAUCAACUAAAAAAGUAUGAAGAGGGUAGCGAUUUGGGCGAGAUCAUUACGAAUUCGAUGUAUUCGAUGGGACGCAUUAGGGAGGCUAUCAAUGAGGCUAACAGCCUCAGUGAGUCCAUCCGCCAGAGUUUCCUUUCUGACAGGUCGUGGGAUAGCUUCCACGAAGAUCCGGAGGUGGUCAGCGACCUUUCCAAUGUAAGGAUCUCGCGUAACCCUGACAUCCCUGAGCCUGGCGAAAAUGCUGUCGAAUAUCCCACAAAUGGAUCGAGGUCUUCUGGACAUUCCGUUCAUACUGCCUCCUCUAGAGGAUCAGAGUCAAAGAAACUCAUCUUGCCAGAUGUCGUUAAACCUUUUAUCGGUAACAAGGUGGGAAACAUGGUAUUCGAUAAGGAGAAGAAAGUAUGGCACAAGAUUAAGAAGCCAAAGCCUACGGCGGAAGACAGAAAUUUUCUUCCAUCCGAAGAUAGCGAGGACCCGUUCGCUAGUAUUCCGGAUUUGUCGGUGGACACUGCUCGAGAGAAGCAGAAUCUCAAGUUAGCCGUGACACCAAAUCUAGGGCACAACGAGCAGGCUCAAGACGAGGUACCGCAAAGUCCUUCUUCUGCGAAGUCGUCUACCACGGCGCAUGAGUCCAUCAAUUCCCAAAACAUGAUGGGCAAUCUAAAAGAGGUAUACGCAAAAAUGGAGACAGCAGUGGAAGAUGACAAGGAAAUCGAGCAUGAAAUAUCAAUCCAUGAAGAUCGGAUGCAAAGAUCCAGUCCAUCGCGACGAAGAAAUCUCACGAUUUCAUUUUCGUCCCCGAUUGCUUCGAUCAUCCAAGAUGUUGCUCAUCAUUCGGAUGACGGCAAUGGCGGUCAAGAAAAUGGAACUGUGGAACACGUGGCCCCCACCGAUUCGCUGGGGCGUGGACGACGGUCUAAAUCGCCAAAAUCCGCCAGCAGUUCAAUUAGAAAUUCCCGGUCGCGAAGCCGUUCUACAAGAAACUUAUCGGUAAAAGGCCAGGAUUUUAUCCCUAGGCCGGUGUCCCGGAUUGAUGAACAGGACGAAGACGCAAGUGGAGAAAACGCGGCGUCGGAAGAGCGGCAGCUCAGCAUUCGCGCAGAUUCGAGCGUCGUGUAUCCGGACAAUGAAGACAAGCGGAACACAAGCUUGAGCGUCGUGGUAACGCCAGCGCCCGCAAAAUCCCAGCCGAUUUCUGCAACGCCAAUCAUCGGGCAGUAUGUUGGCACUUUGUCCUUGAGCCCACUGUCCGAUUUUACAAUGCACCAAGCGGACCAGUCCUGCGGAUUAGAAGUCAGCUAUGUCGUCGGGGAUCAUUAUCUCGUUACGGGAGAUGGUUCCAAGAAGAUUAUGUCCAAGGCCAUCCAGAAUCUUGUCGAGAAGAUCACCGAAGUCGAGCCAUUUGAGCCUGAUUGGGAUUCCAUGCAAGAGCUAGACAUUAAUGAUAAGCACUUGACGACGCUUCACAUGCUUGAUGAGUUCUGUACGAACGUUGUUACUCUCAACGCAUCCAACAACUUUAUCGAACACCUUGACGGCGUGCCUGAAGCCGUUCGCAACUUGCGCAUUACCAAUAACCACCUUUCCGAACUAACAGCAUGGGGUCAUUUGAUGAAUCUACAAUACGUAGAUGUGUCCAACAAUCAGAUCAGCAGCCUGCAUGCCUUUAAAGAUCUAGUCCACCUCCGAAAUCUUCGCGCCGAUAACAAUCAGAUCACCAGCUUGGACGGUAUCAAGAUGCAUGAUAGCUUGCAAGUUCUCCGUGCAAGAGGCAACCUUAUUGAUGAAGUUAACUUCGAUGGCACAAAGCUACAGCGGUUGACCGAAUUAGAUCUAGAGAACAAUCAAAUUACCUCGAUACAGGGAGUUGAGCAACUCACGUGCCUAGCCACCCUUAACCUGCAGCAUAAUGGCCUAUCAUAUUUCGCUCCGAGUGCGGAUGUCUCGGUCCCGAACCUCAGGUACCUGACGCUCUCUAACAACGAGCUCACGACCUUCGAUGUCGCGUCAUUCCCUUCGCUGCGCCUCCUACAUAUAGACCGCAACCAACUAGUCACAAUAACUGGGUUUUCACGAUGCCGUCGCCUCGAUAGUCUCUCGCUGCGCGAACAGCGAGGCGACGAGCCACUAGACCCAUCAUUCCUAGACGCCGCUUACGAAGUGCGGAAGCUGUUCCUCUCGGGCAACCUGCUCGGGACCUUCAACCCGUCGGUUGACUUCCUCAACCUGCAGUACCUUGAGCUGGCCAACUGCGGGCUGCAGGUCCUGCCGCCCGACCUCGGGCAGCUGAUGCCGAACCUCCGGGUUCUCAACCUCAACAUGAACGCCAUCGACGACGUCACGGCCUUGCGCUACAUACCGAGAUUAAAGAAACUUCUCGCGGCGGGCAACCGACUGGCCGACGCGGGACAGGUAGCCGACGUCCUGGCGGGCUUCCCGCACCUGCAGAGGCUGGACCUGCGAGACAACCCGGCGACGCUCGGGUUCUACGGGCCGGCGGCGGUCAUGGCGCUCGCGUCGCCGAAGGGGGGCGAGGGUAACGGCUUCAACCUCCAGGACGCGGACGCGGCGCGCGACGAGCGGUUCGCCAGCCGGUCGGACAUGGGCACGCGCAUGCGCCGCCGGUUCUACGAGCUCGUGGUGCUCGACCGGUGCCGCCGGCUUAAGAUGCUGGACGGUUUACCUGUUGACGCCUCGGCCAAGGGACAGGCCGGGCUACGGAGGGGAAAGGUCUGGGACGCGCUCGUUAAGAGCGGAGUUGUCAAGAAGGAGGAGGGAACUUGCGAGCAGGCGCAGGCGGAGCUCGAGGCUGGGGCGGAUGCUGCUAAGGAGUUGGACUGGCAGUAGGGCUGCGAGGACAGCUUUGCUUGAUGCUGAUGCUGAUGUGGUUUGCCCGACUCGCUUUCUUAUGGUAGUUGGGAAGGGAAGGGUACGAGAGGAGAGGAGAGGAGAGGGGCGAUUCAGUUCUUGCUGGCUGUUUUAGAUACCUGAUCUUUGUGGGGGACAGGGCGCUUCACUCUGGGAUGAUGGGCCGGAGUGUUGAGCUGAGCUGAGUUACGAUGGUUGGUCUUCCAUCUAUCAGUUACGCAGUCGACUACGGAACGGGGAACAGGCAGGGCAGGGGCCAGAGGCCUUAACAAAAAGCAAAAACCGGGGUGUUCUAGUUUGGGCGUUUUUAAACCUUAUUUUUCCUUUCCUUUUGUUCUGGGAUUCGUCGGGGGGCGGGUUUUUUUUGACUUGAAAAAAAAGAAACCCCCUGGUUUCGAUCCCGGAGUGUAGGACUAAGCUCUCUGAGUCUCUGACUUUUGACUUUUGACCUUGGGGCAAGGGGAAAGGGGAAAGGGAAAGCAUGCAUGGCGUGGCAUUUACUGUCGGUGUUCAGCAAGUCGCGUGUGGGUUACGGAUACGCGCGCGGUUUUUCUUCCUUUUAACUAGUAAUGAGAGAUGAAACAACGGUUUAUUACUUCUAAAACUGUCUAUUGAUACUUUUUU